GGCUGCAGUUGCUUUUUGCUGUUCAUUUUUGGGGUUCAAGCUAAGGACAUAUGAUGGAGAAGAUUUUUCAAUUCCGUUGAACAUUUUCCUGUGACGCGUUCAGGACCAAACGAAGAGAAGGGAACGGCCAGUCAUUGGCAAAAGAUGAGGAGGGACCAAAACAAAACGUUAGACUCCUCUUUGGCAGAUGAUGUCGACAGGGCUCCACUCUGAAAUUUCGUGUCCCAACGAUGUCAAUGUUGCCACACAUUUUGUGCGAGAUCCCGGCUUAUCUGGAGCCAGAUGACAAACGAUCAGGUGACAGUCGAAAAUGGCGCUGAAGACAAAACUUCCGGACUAAUGGGUACCACUCCAAGGUCAUCCAAUAAUUCUUGCUCUUAUCUUGACUUCCUGGGUUCAUUGUGGCUUCUAUUGACCAUGAUCACCAUUGCGCGUGCCUGCCCAAAAAGGUGCCAUUGCACUGAAAGGAAUGGCGCUGUGGUGCAGUGCACGUCACGUAACUUGGAUAACAUCCCCUCCAAUCUGCCCAAGGACACCGUGGUUCUCUUGCUCUCGUCCAACCAGAUCACACACGUUCCCAAGGAAGCCUUCACCGACCUCCACCAACUCAGGGACCUCGACCUUUCCCAUAACCUCAUUGAAAGCUUGGAGGUCGGCGCUUUCCAAGGAAUUUCCCAAGGCUUGAGGACCUUGGACCUUUCAAACAACCACCUCAGCAGCCUGCCAAAGGAAACCUUCACUAAACUGCAAGCUCGUGUGCGCUUGUCCAACAACCCCUGGAACUGCGAGUGCUCUUUGCAGGAAGUGUUGAGGGAGCUGAGACUCGACCCCGAGACGAUCAAUGAGGUGAGCUGCUCGACGUCUGCGCAGGACGAAUAUGUCGGGCAACCGGUCAUCCAGGUGUUGGACUCGGGAAUCAACUUCUGCAACUUUCACCAGAAGACGACGGAUGUGGCCAUGUUCGUGGCCAUGUUCUGUUGGUUCGCCAUGGUGACCGCUUACAUCAUGUACUACAUCCGACACAACCAGGAGGAGGCAAGAAGGCACUUGGAGUACCUCAAGUCCUUGCCGAGCAGUUCCCAUAUCAGCAGGGACUACGAUACAGCCAGCAGUGUGUUUUAGAAAUGAUGCACCAAUGAAUAUAAAUGAGUGUGCAUUGAUGCAUAUAGAUGAAAGUCAAGCAGGGAAAAUGUUUCAGGCUUGUGAGUGAGCGAUAAAACCAGCUCAACGAUACAUUGCUGCACAAGUCAGAUGUGAUAAGAAGCAUCAAAAAAAUUAAAACAAUUCACUGUCUUGAAAAACACGCAAAUAUGUGGCGAGAAGGACAAAAUGCUAAUGUCUAGAAGGUCCUCUAUUUGGUUGUCAUCCCCCAAAAAGUCAGUGAAGUCCGAGUUUUAUUUGUGCUGUGGAAACAACUCAAGGCAGGAUCUGUUUCAACAAGAUGAAGGGCACAUGUAGCCUGUUUGACUUUCUUGAUUUCAAGUACUCAAGUGGUGUUCUGGAUUUUGAUGUAUUAAUGUUCUACAGCGAAUCUGUCCUUAUUAGUGGAAUACAUAUUGUAUGCAGAUUUUUAGUGUCUUUAUACAUAUAUCGUAUUUUGCUAGAGAUGAAAUUACUUUAGCCCUAUAGUGCUAAGAAAAUGUUUUUUUUAAAUUUAAGGGAAAUGUAGAUAUGACAUCCAAGUUAUUCAUCCAUCCAUUUUUUAAUCUGCUUAUCCUCACGAGGGUCGCGGGUGUCCAAGAGCUUAUCCCUGCUGUAUUCGGGCAGUGGGCGGGGGACACCCUGAACUGUUUGCCAGCCAAUUGCAGAUCCAAGUGUAGUUAUUUUCUGUCUGAACAAUUAAAUAAACAAAAAUUGCAAAUGAUAACGUUUUAUUCGAGGGCUGCUGAUGUAUUGAUAGAAAUAAAUAAUAAAUUACCAUCUAUUCUUCAAGACAGCGUCUUUUACAUUUUGCAGCAAUUUAUCGCAACAGAUGAAAACCGUACAAUGCAACAAAUAACAAGCACACAGAUCCUCUACCAACAAAUUAAAUCCAUAAAUCGGAUAUGACUGUGCAAGGCUUCUUAGAGUAUCUUGUUGCAGUUUAUUGGAGAUUUUUUUUUGCCUCGUGGUUGCAUUCUAAUUUGCCUAACCAUGUGACCAAGUGUUUUAUGUACCGGUAAUUAUAUUUCUUGGACUUGCUCUCCUCAAACCACCUCCACUCCAAGUCUUCCUCCCAAGGUUGUAAAGUGAGAUUACAUUCAGAAUU